GACUCCACCGAUUUCCCAAAAUAUUUACAAACAAAAACUAAUCAUAAAAUUUCAUAGUCACCCCUUUCUGACUUCUCCUUCGUUUCCUCCGCUCAAAAACUCAUACAUUACUAACAAAAGAUAAUUUAUCUAAAAGAAAAUCCAUUUUAAUUUCUCAGAUGCGUGGCCAUGAUUGGAUCAAUACUUGUCUUCCCGACGAGCUGAUCUUGGAGAUCUUACGCCGGCUUGAUUCCAAAUCCAGCCAUGAUGCCUGUUCUCUCGUCUGUAAACGUUGGCUCGGUCUCGAGCGGCUUAGCCGUUCCACCCUCCGAAUCGGCGCCUCUGGUAGCCCUGAUAUUUUUAUCAAGUUCCUCGCUCAACGGUUCGUUAAUGUCAAGGCUGUUCAUAUCGACGAGAGGUUAUCGAUUUCUUUGCCUGUUACCGCGGGGAAAAGGCGUCGCAGAGACGAGAAUUCGCUUUUGUCUUUAAAGAUACAUUUUGCGGGUGAAAGAAAUGAGCCCAAAGAAGAGGAGUGUGAACCAUUCUGUUUGACAGAUUCCGGUUUGACUGCAGUUGCUGAUGGAUUUGCUAAGCUAGAAAAGUUGAGCUUAAUUUGGUGUUCUAAUGUUACUAGUUUCGGUGUAAUGUCCCUUGCACAGAAAUGCUCUCUCUUAAAAUCAUUGGAUUUGCAGGGUUGCUAUGUUGGAGAUCAAGGUCUAGCUGUUGUUGGCCAGUGUUGCAAGCAACUCGAGGACCUAAAUUUGCGUUUCUGUGAAAGCUUGACUGAUUCAGGAUUGGUCACUUUGGCAACUGAGUGUGGGAAAUCAUUGAAAUCUCUCGGUGUGGCAGCUUGUGCUAGAAUAACCGACAAAUCACUGGAGGCUGUGGGGUCCCACUGCAAAAAUCUUGAGACCUUGUCAUUGGAUUCAGAGUUUAUCAGCAAUAAAGGGAUCCUUGCUAUUGCCCAAGGAUGUCCUCUUUUGAAAGUCUUGAAGUUACAAUGUAUUAAUGUUACAGACAGGGCUUUGAUGGCUGUGGGAGCUUCUUGUUUGUCAUUGGAAAUGUUGGCUUUAUACAGCUUCCAGCAAUUUACAGACGAGGGUCUUCGUUCUAUUGGCAAAGGCUGCAAGAAGCUAAAAAAUCUUACUUUGAGUGAUUGCAAUUUCCUGGGUGACAGGGGUCUGGAAGCGAUUGCCACUGGCUGCACUGAACUUACGCAUCUUGAAGUUAAUGGCUGCCACAAUAUUGGAACCAUUGGACUGGAGUCUGUUGGGAAAUCUUGCCCGCGCCUGACUGAGUUGGCUUUAUUAUACUGCCAAAGGGUUGGCAAUUUUGCUCUUACUGAAGUUGGAAGGGGCUGUAAAUACUUGCAAGCUCUUCACUUGGUAGACUGCUCUAGCAUUGGUGAUGACGCCAUUUGCAGUAUAGCCAAAGGUUGCCGAAAUCUAAAGAAGCUUCAUAUCAGGAGAUGUUAUGAGGUUGGAAGCAAGGGAAUCGUAGCUGUUGGUGAGAAUUGUCACUCUCUCACGGAUCUUAGUCUCCGCUUUUGUGAUAGGGUGCGCGAUGAGGCUCUUAUUGCUGUCGGUCAUGGAUGUCCAUUAAAAUAUCUAAAUGUUAGUGGCUGCAACCAAAUAGGUGAUGCUGGAAUUGUAGCCGUUGCAAGAGGAUGUCCUAAUCUCACUUACCUCGAUGUCAGUGUUCUCCAGAAUUUGUGCGAUAUAGCACUAACCGAGUUAGGAGAAGGUUGCCCCUUACUCAAGGAUAUAGUACUGUCCCAUUGCCACCAAAUAACUGACAUUGGUCUUUCCCACCUCGUCAAAAACUGCCAAAUGCUCGAGUCAUGCCACAUGGUGUACUGUCCGAGCAUAACUGCGGCAGGAGUUGCCACCGUGGUCUCUAGUUGUCCCAACAUAAAGAAGGUCCUGGUCGAGAAAUGGAAGGUUAGUCCCAGAACCAAAAGAAGAGCCAGUUCAGUCCUUUCUUAUCUCUGUGUAGACCUCUAAUUAGGACCAUCCGAGUUGUGUAUUAACCAAGCUCGUCGCUUCUCAAAACAACCCAACAUUAUAUGAAUAUUUAUGUUACAGGCCUUGUCUGCUUUGGUUUUUUUAAUGGUUUUGUUUUUCCUAUUUACUUCCCAUGUAUCAAAGCUUCAUGUUGUAUGCAUUUGCCAUUUUCCAUAAA